GUUUCCACUCGGUGUGGAGAGAAGUCUUCGUUGGCACUGGCUAAUAUGCGGAGACAAGGUCGAGCAUCUCUUAGGGAAUGCCUUCACGUCUCCUUGUUGUUGAAUUCGACUGAAUCACCUUUUGAAUAUCUAAAUCAUAAUCAUCUUCUGUCUUACUAUCAACUGAGAAGUUAGAUUUAGAGAACGAACAACCAAUGGCGCUGUUAUCACCCGCUACAUUGGCUAUAAUCACCGUCUCGGCUUUAGCCGCGGGUGUCUAUAAGUUUAUUAUCUAUCCGGCCCUUUUGUCUCCCCUUUCCAAGAUCCCAAAUGCGCAUUUCACGUCGUCCAUAUCUCCCCUUUGGAUAUUAUGGAACCGUUUUAGGAUGAGAGGAAAUAGGACCAUACACGAGGCACAUAAUAAAUAUGGACCUAUUGUUCGGCUCGCUCCAGGAGAAAUAUCCGUUAACUGCGUUGAUGGAGGCAUUCGCACUGUAUAUGCUGGUGGCUUUGAAAAGCAUGACUGGUAUCCACGGGUGUUUGGUGCCUUCGGCACUAUCAGUAUGUUCUCGAUGGUUGGAAGCAGGCCUCACUCUGUUCGCAAACGGAUGAUGUCCAACAUAUACUCCAAAUCCUAUUUGCAAGGUUCCCCCCAACUCGCUGCAGCUUCUCGCAAGAUACUGUUCCAGCGGCUGUUCCCUAUACUUGAACGCCAUGUAGAGAGAGCAGACCAAGUUGAAAUCCAUGAACUUAAUAAUGCUAUCACAAUGGACUUUAUUACUGCAUAUAUUUUUGGACUCUCUGCUGCUACGAAUUUCUUGGAAGACGCUCAAACACGAAAGCAGUGGCUAGAGGCCUAUCAAUGCCGCAAACCCUUCGAGUUCUAUCAUCAAGAAGUCCCAAAUCUGGUUGCUUGGGCGGAGACGGUCAAACUGCCCUUGAUCCCAAGCUGGUGCCAAAAGGCCAACAACUACAUGGAAAGCUGGGGCCUUGAAAUAUGCGAUAAUGCUGACAAAUACCUUUUGACAACUGUCGUUGAAUCCGAACCAACUGUUUACAAACAACUUAAAAUGUCAAUGGUUAAGCAAUUGCCGUCGGAUGGAGUGAAACCUCUGGAUGAGGAAACGUCAAAGAAAUUAAAGCUGGAAAUAGCCUGCGAGUUGUACGAUCAACUUACAGCUGGUCAUGAAACGAGUGCUGUUGCCCUCACCUACCUCUACUGGGAACUGUCCAAAAAUCCUGAGCUGCAAUGUGAACUGCGUGAGGAACUUAGAGGGCUUUCACCGUCUAUCAACAUCCCCGCAAACGCUGAUAUUAUGCCGGACCUUCCUUCAUCAAAAGACAUCGAUUCGCUGCCACUCCUGAACGCAGUAGUCAUGGAAACACUACGGUUACAUGCUCCGAUCCCGGGAAUUCAACCACGUGUUACACCUUCGCCAACAUGUAGCCUCGGUGGAUACGAUGGAAUACCUCCCGGUACAAGAGUGAGUGCUCAGGCAUACUCCUUGCAUCAAAAUCCAAACAUUUUCCCUGAACCCGAGUCUUGGCUUCCGAGGCGUUGGCUCAAACAAAAUGAUGUAUCCGAGAUGGAAAGCAUGAGGCGAUGGUUUUGGGCAUUCGGAAGCGGAGGCAGAAUGUGCGUUGGUAGCAAUUUUGCUUUACAAGAAAUGAAGCUUGUUGUUGCAGCGAUAUAUUCAAACUACACAACCUCAAUCGUCAACGACGACGGAAUCGAAGCCAUUGAUGCUUACACGGUGCGGCCCACAAGUAACAGGCUGAUUUUGAAAUUCGGCCGCGCUUGAAGCAGGAAAUUACUCGAUGAUUAUCCCAGUAUAUAGAGAUAUCACUCUUCAAUGCCAUUCUCACAGGUAGGAGAUGUCUCCCCUCCUCCUGGAUGGAAAUCUAACUUGCAGUCCCAAACACUUAACCGAAGCCUUCAUAAAGCUACUAAACCCUGUUGCUUGACUUAGUAUAGUUAUAUACUCCGUACAUCUGAGGAUUUAAACUCGUAUAUAUUUAGCAAAUUGAAGA